UCGAUUUGAGACGGUUUGACUCAUCCUUGUCGCCGUCCGCCGUGCUGACGUAGAACACGGAAGUAAACAAAGUACCAAGUAUCUUCAGGCAGGUUGCAGUUUCUCGGCUCCAACAUGUCGAUUUCAAACCCGAGACAAACGUUUUUAAACCCGAUGAUUCCCUUCGCUGGGACGAUCCUGGGCGGGUUGCUGCCGGGGGAGAUGGUUCUCAUUCAGGGAUCAGUGCUGUCGAAAGCUGACAGGUUCCAGGUAGAUUUCACGUGUGGCAGCAGCGUGAAGCCGAGGGCCGACGUGGCGUUCCACUUCAACCCGAGGUUCAAGAGGUCGCCGUGCAUCAUCUGCAACACGCUACAGAAGGAGCGCUGGGGCCGAGAGGAGAUCCUGUACCAGAUGCCCUUCGCUCCAGGGGCCACGUUCGAAAUCAUCUAUCUGGUCCUGAGAGACAAGUUUAAAGUGGCGGUGAACGGUGGUCACGUGUUGGAGUAUCAACACAGACUGGAGCUGGAGCGAGUCGACACGCUGUGCAUCUCUGGACAGGUCAAAGUUCAGGCUGUCGGCGUCCUGCCGAGUGCUAGUUCAGUUUCUCCUGAAGCCAGCCUGAGCAGCCAGGACUCACACAGCAGUCCAAUCAUCUCCUCUUCAGGCGACUUGAGUGUUCCCUUCACAGGACAGCUGGUCAAAGGACUGAGUGUCGGACGAAGCAUCGCCAUCAAAGGAGAAAUCAGUCCGAGUGCACACAGUUUCUGUGUGAACCUGCGAGUUUCCAGCAGCAGCGACAUCGCUCUUCAUCUGAACCCUCGUCUGAAGAAAGGAGUCCUCGUCAGAAACUCCUUCCUGUCUGAGUGCUGGGGCCCCGAGGAGACGGACCUGGCCUCCUUCCCCUUCACUGGAGGGCAGUACUUCGAGAUGAUCAUCCUGUGUGACUCUCAGCAGUUCAGAGUUGCCGUUAACGGAAACCACCAGCUGGACUACAAACACCGAGUCAAGGACCUGAGCCGCAUCACAGAGCUGGAGGUUCUGGGAGACGUGACGCUGCUCGACGUCAAGAUCCUGUGAACUCUGACCUGACCGUCGCUUCACUGCUCGCACUACACAUAGAAAUAUAUAAAUAUAUAUGAAUCGUUGUUCUCACCAACAGAAGAACCUGAAGAUCCAGAUGGACGGUGAUUUAAACUUCUGAAGGUUUUUUGAGAAUUGUCAUUAAUAAAUUGUUGUUAAUGAUCCAGUUGUGAGACACAGAUGUACGUUUUUAAUCACACGUCAAACUCUGAAGCUUUUUGAAGUGAAAAUGUGGUUUUUGAAGAAGGAAAUGUCUGAAGUUACUUUCCAUAUAAAACUGUUCAUUUAUCUGUCGGUGCUCCUGUAAGUGUUUUGUUGACGCACUCUGUAAACGUCAGAGAACAGAGUGCAUCUUGGGAGUGUUGCUGAUCCAGACGACUGUUAUCUUUAACUUCAGCAUCUCACCAACACUCAAACAGCAGCUGUGGUCACAUACUGACUGAGCAGCAGAUUCACAGAAGUAUAUUUUGACAGAAUCAUUCCUAGAUUUAUAUUUCCGUCACUUUAUGCCAUCACGCGUUUUCUGGCCUGUUGACCAGACGUCACUACUGGUUCAAUACAUCGUUUUAAAUGUAAAUGUAGGAACGGUUCUGUCAAAUGUACUUUUGUGAAUCUACUGGCACGUCACUCAGUCACUAGUUGCAUAUAUUUGCCUUUUUUAACCCAAAAAUCAUGUUUUCCUGAACCUUCCAGGUAGGGUUGAGUUAUUUGUAGAGUGCACUCACACUGGCUGAUACCUGGAGACUGGUCUGGUCUGGUCGAUGAAAACCUUUGGGUUAAACUAACUCAUUAAGUGUGCCAGUAGUAGCUUGUUGGCAUAUGACACUACAUGAUCAAUACAGUGAUUUCAGUGUAAAACAUUUAUCUCAAUACAGUUAUCAACCUGCAAUGUAACAAAAUAAAUUACAUUAUUGAAUCAGCUCUUAA